CUCAGCCAACCAUUUUCUCUCUCUCUAUAUAUAUCUCUCUCUCCAAGUUUCCGUUGAUCAAAACCAACCAACGAGAAAAACUGAAAGAUCUCAAUAACAAUAACAAAACGCUCCUUGGAUCCUCUGUUUUCACUCUGUUUUUUUUCUCAAGAACAUAAAACUAAAAUGUCAAUUGUUGUUUGUCAAGCUCAAGAUACAAUCGUCACCAAGGAUCAAUAUCAAAAAGGCGACAUGGGUGGGUUGAGUUUCCUGCAAUCUAUGUCCGACAUCACUGCCACUGUCCGAAACAGAGAGGAUAAAGCCUAUGUUCACCCGAUCGAGAAACGCUCUGUUUCUAAGCUCAAUGAGAAAAGCUUAGAAAUGUGCACUGAGAGUCUCGGGACCGAAACAGGCAGCGAGAGUGGUGACGAGCUGUCGUUUCUUGCGUUUGAAGUAACUAAUACUCCUUGGGUUCCUUCUCCUCCUUCACCUCAGCCGAAACCUCAAGAAGAAGAAAAAGCUAACUUUCUUGCUAAGAAAUCAACGAUGAGUCGCAACAAAAGUUUCCCGCCACCGAUAAAGUUCGUUGAAGGAUCAAAGUAUAAUCGUAUGGUGAGAUCGUUAGGAGAAGAUGGUCGUCUCGUUGUUCAAGCAAUUAGGGUUUCGUCUCCGCCUCGUUGCUUUGUAGCGGAACGUGGUGAAGGAAGGCUACGUCUCUGUUUAUCGCCGGAAAGUUCUUUACUUAGGCACAAUCACGAGGAAGAAGAAGAAGAAGAAGAAGAAGAAGAAGAAACAGAGGAGGGCAUGGAGGAGGAAAAUAGUGAGAAAUUGGAGGGUAGAAAUGGAAAUAAAAUGUUUAGCAGAUUAAGCAGCAGAUGCAAGGAGAAUGGUCGUGAGCCUAAACCAAUGCUUACUUGGAAGCAGCAGCAGUUUUGGGUCGCCACUUAAAAGACUUUAUUCGACUCCAGUCUUUAAUUAAAUAAUCUCUUUAAAAUAUGGGUUUCGUAAAUUUAGUCAUAUGUAUGUUUUAUUUUUUUUGUAUGAUUUUUUUUUGUAUGAUUUCUCGAGGUGACUGUGAGUGUUUUCUAAAUCUAUUUAAUGUAUUGUUGAAUGGAAAUUAAUA